AUGGGACAGUCUCCAUGUUGCGAUAAGGUGGGGAUGAAGAAAGGGCCAUGGACUCCCGAAGAAGAUCAAAAGCUCUUGGCUUUCAUCGAACAACAUGGCCAUGGAAGGUGGCGCGCUUUGCCUGCAAAAGCUGGGCUUCAAAGAUGUGGUAAGAGUUGCAGACUCAGGUGGAUUAACUACUUGAGACCCGAUAUCAAGAGAGGAAAGUUCAGUCUACAUGAAGAACAAACAAUCAUUCAACUCCAUGCCCUUCUCGGAAACAAGUGGUCGGUAAUUGCAACUCAUUUACCAAAAAGAACAGACAAUGAGAUCAAGAACUACUGGAACACACAUCUGAAGAAAAGACUGAACAAGAUGGGGAUCGAUCCGGUCACCCACAAGCCUAAAACCGAUGCCCUCGGGUCCGCAACCGGCAACCCCAAGGAUGCAGCUAACCUCAGCCACAUAGCUCAAUGGGAGAGUGCCCGGUUAGAAGCCGAAGCUAGGUUGGUUCGAGAGGCGAAGCUCGUUUCAAAUCCUCCCCAAAAUCUGCAGACAGCCCUUGGCUCGUCCUCUUCCUCCUCCUCGGUUCCACAGCUCAUUAACAGUGCUGCUAUGGCUCCGCCAACAACUAGGUCACAAUGCCUUGAUGUUCUCAAAGCUUGGCAAGGCGUCGUCACCGGAUUGUUCACGUUCAACACCGACAACCUCCAGUCUCCGGCGUCGACUCUGAAUUCCAUGGAAAACAUGUUACCGAACGGAUUAAUCAACGACCAUGGGAUUGAAUACUGUAGUGGAAGUAAUCGGGAAAACAAGGAUAAAUUAUUAGACAACAACAUGGGAUUGAACGAAAUGGCUGCAUGGCCUCAUCAAGAUCUACACAAGGAAGAAAACAUGAAUAUGGAAGGUAAUAAUUACCCGGAUAUAAUGGUUUGGGAUUCUUGCAAUGAUCAUCAGCAGGAUCCGUCAAUGGCGGCGACUGGUGAAAACUUGAAGGAAACAAACUAUGGCGGUGAUAGUAGCAGUAGUAGUUUUGAGGAAUACAAGAAUUACUGGAAUAAUAUCCUUAAUUUAUUAAGUUAACUAGUCGAGUAUGGCUACAAUGAAGA